GUCAAACUUUGUGCAGAGAGUUCCUCUCAACCUGCAAUGGUUUCGCUGUGGUCGCCAUGGCCCAGCAAUCUGAUUGCAAUGAAGGCCGUGGGUGGCUCCCCGGGCGGGUUGAAGGCAGCGAUUCCUCCGAAGAUCUUUCGGCCCAGCCGCUACCAGGGCGCCUUGCUGCUGCCGUCCGGCGAGAUCCACCUGGAGUCGAGUAUGGAGCGGCACAAGCUGGUCGAAGAGUUCGGUCUCAAGCCGCGUGACAUCGCUGCCUUGGUGUCUAAGACACGACGAGGCUUCGACCUCAACGUGCGCCGUGGCGGCACGGUGCUGUCCCUGGGCCGUGACGGCCCGGCAGUGGUCGUGGCCAAUGCCACAGCGUUGAUCCUCCCGCGGGGCACGGAGAUCCAAACGAUCGGCCACCGGAUCCAGCAGAAAUACGCGGAGCUGGUGGAUUUUUCGCUUCCCGCAGCAGGAGUUGCUCGAGAAUCUGUACCCUUUGCAUUGGCCGUCACUGAGGCCCUUUUAGCACUUUACUUGGACAAGAUCACCAAUCUGUUGCAGCCUGCUGUCGCCAAAGCCAACGUGCUUCUACGUGAGUAUGUGGGGACUGUACAGCAAGAGAUCUCUACCUUCCAGUUGGAGAAGCUUCGGCGCACCAAGCAGCGGCUGGAUGCCGUUCAGUCGCAGGCGGCGAACCUUCGACAAACCCUCUUCGAAGCAUUAGGUGAUGAGGAGGACUUGUCUCAACUCUCCAGCGCUGUUGGAGCGACCAAGGAGGAGUGGGAACUCUGCUUUGAGUAUUACUCCCAGGGCGCAGAAGAGGUUGAGGCAGAGGCCACGGCGCACUCAGAGUCGAUGGACGACUUGGAGACCUUCAUCGAGCUCCGCUUGAGCUCGCGAAGGUUGGAGCUGGAGAAAUCCCAGCUAAACCUAGAGUUGUUGGGCGUGGGCAUGAACUGCGCGGCGGUGAUCUCCGGAAUCAUGGGCAUGAAUAUUGAGAGCGGCCUUGAGACUCGGCGACCGGCCUUCUUUUACAAAUUUACGCUGCUCCUUCUCCUGGGCUCGGCUCUGGUGUCCGUGGUGCUCAAGACGCUGGUGUCCCGACGCUUGAGCCGACAGGCGAACUCCCUGCUCCCGAGCUCCUCCUGGCGGUCGCGCCGCGGCCGCGAGGCGCUCCCGGAGACCGGAGGUCCGCUCAGUGGCAAAGCCUGAUGCCACCAGUUUUGACAGUCCGUGAUAUUGAUUUGACCAUGAUUUGACCAUGGAUGCAGGUUGCC